AAGUGGUUACUUAACCAAAUAAGAUGAUAGAAAACGAAAAUACUGACCCAAAGAAACAACCCCAUCGACUAGCAAAUUAUGUUGGCGAAUUACAGAAUGGCAGGAUGACUGGUCGAGGGACAUACUGGUUUGAUACGCAUACACGCUAUGAAGGGGAGUUCAAAGAUGGGAUGUUUCAUGGCAAAGGCAAUCUUCAUUUUACAAAUGGUGGUCGGUAUGAAGCUAAUUGGCUGUGUGGUAAAGAAGUUGGAAUUGGUCGCUAUAUAUUCGAUGACGGGUUGGAAUUUGAAGAGAACGGAGACACUUUAACUGGUUGGCGGUACGGGAAUCGUGUAUGGGAUAGACGAUUUUACAAGGAAAUCACCGGAGGUUUACGGCCAGUGGACAAAUGCUUGCUUGUUCCGGAUUGUGAUGUAAAUGGCAAACCAAUACGCCAAAUACCACAAAGCUGCUAUGACGUAGGCGAUGGAUUUUACGACCCAUAUUCUCGCAUAGUUUACAAAUAUUUCGAAGAAACAGAAACCGAUUUGGAAGACAAGAAUGGCCAAGCCAGUUCGUCCAUUUCCAGCGAGAAGCCGAGAUCAUUUAUACGAAACGUAACAGCGCAGGAACACGACUGGAUCGUAACGUUUUGUCGCAGUGGUUGCGAUGACUUUGUAUGUUGCCAAAGAGUCACCAACUAUGAUGACGUCAUCGCUAUAAGCGAUAGGGUUGGGCUCGGAGCGAAAAGAAAAAUGGGAAAUUUUACCUUAUACAAAAAUAGCACGAAGUCUGAAGAAGCUUCGUCGAGUAAAAAAGUCAAUAAAAAAGUGACGUUUGGAGAGGUGGCAAACUAACAAAAAAACGAGAUUAAUGCAUUUUUUUUAUAAUUUAACAAAAUAAACACAGUCAUGGCAAGCACCCAUGUAACAUAA